CGCACAAAUCUUUAGUCUUAAAAUGCAAAUGCUUCUUCCCUGUUGUGAAAGUUUUGUUCUGUUUGGUAUAAGGUAGGACUAAAAGCGAUGCAAACAGGGUUAUGCCAUGCCUCAAUACCUUAAUGUUCUUUUCCUCUCCAAGUCGGUUACUUUUAGGACAUUACAAUAAAACCUUGAGUGCGGACCUUGUCUUAAGAGAAAAAUAUUAGCAAAUAUUGUAAUGAAAAAUUAGAGUGGAACGGAUGGAGUAGAACAGAAAAAUCUUUGAAGGGGCAAUCCACUCAUGCAAGAAUGGUAUCAGACUUCCACUAAAAGAAAAGGAUUUCUAGAGGUUAGCGAAAAGAACAAUUAAAGUGUAUGCUUUUUUAUUAAGGUGUACAGUAUUUCCAUGGAGUCAUCUGUCCUUCGAUUUUUUUUGUUUUAUAUAUUAUGUAUAACGCUUAUCAUACGUUGAUCCUAUUGAAAUCAUGGGCUAACGGAGCUACGCGGUAGGUCAAUCAUUUUUGUUGUUUGGCAAAGAAUUUACCGCAAUACUGUCUAAAAACUAGACAUUAAAGUGAACAAUUUUUUUGCGGUACAGAAUUUGAAAAUGGCUUUGAAAAAAGCAAACAUUUUACGACAUACUAAAAGCUUUUUCGUCUGACAGUCCUCAGAGCAUAAAAUAUAAGGUUCCGAAAGAACACGAUGGAAAAUAUAUACCCAGUUGUGGAUCGAAAUAGGCCAAUCAGAAAAACGCAAGCACAAGACCGGUAUAGUUGACCAAUCAGUGCCGCGAGCCUAAAGAAAAAUUACCAAUGGAGUCCAAGAGAGAAAACGAACUCCUUUUGUCUACACAAUGGCAGUAAAGUGUAUUUCAGCCGAGUUAACAAGUGGGGAUUGCAAAAAUUUCAUUUGCCUUCACAAACCUUUUGCCGCAAGAACGCGAAGUUUCACUGUUACGAAGCGAUUCUAAACCAAGCUUUCUCAGUAAAGUGAUCUUUAAAUAAAUAUUUGAAAUGACAAUGAUUGCUGUACAAUUGUAUCAAACUUGUGUCCACAAUACAUGUCAAAACUUAAAUGAUCAUUUUGGGAUUUGUUUCUAUGGUGUUUAUGUAGUAAAUUCGUAAUCGAUAAUAGCCAUCAUAACUGCUCAUUGUCACUAUAAAUCUUAAACAGCCACCAGACUAAGUGCCCACCCAAAAUAUCUAUAGCCCACUGAAACUUGAUUACUGAUAUUAAAUGUUCAAAAUAUAAAUUUAAUAUGCUACAUUGAUCACAGAGGCUUCUUACUUUUCAUUGAUCAAUGUUGCAAAUGACAUUUUAUUUUCAAUCGAUUAAUUGUAAUAAUUGAUCUUAGUUACGUUCAGAUGCUAGUAGAUGCUUAGGAAUCUAUCCCUGAGGACAACUGAACUGGCUGUUUGGCAUGUUCGGAAAAGUUCGUUAGCAUGGUCACUGCAGUAUAAAAAUACAUUUUGGUCUUCUUCUGGUCUCUUUGGGCGCCAGAAAUGGAUUGUUACAUUCAAACUUUUGUGCGAUACACUCAUUUAUUAUAAGAAACAAAGGUCGAUGAUGAGUACUCCAGUUUCUUAAUGUUCUGGAAAUAUCAUGAAUGAUGUUCUGAAAUGUUCGUGACCUUUUUUAUCACGUCAAGAAAUUCGAUUCCGUUAUGAUGCUGUAUUUAGAUGUGGGAAGUAUAUCUUUAUCCCUUGUGUCUCGAGUUCUAGGCUAACAGGGCAAUCAUGUUCUUGGAUUUUACAAAAUUUCGUUGUUCUCAGUUUUCAGCACGAUUUAAUAGUUUCUUCAUUUUUUUGCUUCGAGUACUGAAGUUUCUUGAUUUUUUCGGACUGUCCAGUACUCGUUUCUUAUAAAAAGAAUGAGUGUAGUCAGACUCGUUUGGUUGUAGACAAUUAGAAAAGUGGCAAAGAGAAUAGGAAUAACUUCCAGAAAAAGUAAAAGAUGUCAGGCCCCUUUUUUGCAAAACAAUAGAGCCUUUUUCAAAAUCUUUUGUUAUGAUUGUGAAAUUUUUCCUUGACCCUCCCACUUUCUUACCUGCGUCGGAGCCCAUGAUAUAGUGACCAACUGCCUUUGAAGGUAAUGCUAUGCCCUAAAAACUACAAAUUAACACAAGAAUCCCAAAUAUUAGAUCUAGGCAAGAUUAGAACUUAUUUAAGAGCUACGGUUUGCCCAGUUUCAAAUACAACAAGAUAUUGAAUGCCAAAAACAAAGUAGUGUUUUCAGGAUUGAUUACGACUACCUAGUAUUGAUUUGUACAAAUUUGAGUAUGGUUUUGAAACAUUGUUUCUUGACAGCAAGAUUUAAAAAUGAGAGGAAGAAAGACCGCAGAACGAAGGAUGGUGACAAGAGCAAAGUAUCUUGUUUAUCUCCCAGUUCCCCAGCAUCAGGAAAACCCUGAUAAACCCAUUCAUAAAGUCCAGUAUUGGUAUGGAACUUAUGAACUACCAAGCAACCACGUUGUUUUGAAUUCAGAACAUAUCGAAGCCGGAAAGUCCUUCGAUCGCCUUCAACCAUUGCACUUUAUUCCUUUGCACUUCUUUCCACGUGGCUCUGAUUAGAUUAUGAAUACACCAAAAAGAUAUUGAUUUUGAGGCCAACAACUAAUUUCUAGGACAGUAAUACUCUUCGUGUAUCUUUUGCUGUGAUCAAAAUGAUUAGAAUAAACCCGCUAAUUAAUAAUAGAGCACAAAAAGAUAAAAUAGGCAUGUUUGUAGUAACCAAAGGCAACAGGAGCGUGACUGUCAAUUUCCUGUUUACUCAUUCAUUCUUGAUCACAUAGUGCUGAUCUUGCAUCAAUGUUUACUCGCUUCUAUAUUUCUGUUUGAUCUUGCUAUGUUCAGUGCAACCGAACGGACUCGGAACAUUAUAUUUGUUUUUAACAACAUUGACAUUAAUACAGGUACUGCUUUAAGCCUCUGGUGAAAUUGCAUCAAGCAGAUGACUUAAAUAAGCCUGUAUCAUUGAAAGGAUAAUGCAAGAAUGACAUAAACUUUGAGUAGUGUUCAACUGGCCUAUCUUAGUAUAGGAGAACUGUUCAACGGGGAGAUUUUCAGGAUGGGUUCCGGGCCAAGCAGCGCUAAAAGAAGCCAUCUUGUCACUAAAGUUCAAGCUGUCGUUGCAUUGACGCCAAGACGAAGGGUACCUUGUCAAAGUGGAGAUGAAGCCACAUCCAAGGGCAAUGAAUCUGCGAACGCAAGUGACUUUGUUACAAGAUCUUCAAUUCGACGCAACGAACAUAGGAUGUCUUACAAUGAUACAUCGAGGGCAUGGAAAGCUUUAAACAAAAUCGUAAGCGAUCAUGACGAUCCUUUUGAAGAGGACCCGUCAAUCCAGCCAACGCGAUAUCAGAAACAAAUAUCUACAACAGAGAAUGGUCAUGACUGCAAUCAGAAUCAAGAAGAAAAUCCAAUGCUCCUUUAUUGCGCGAAAAGAGAGUUAAAAAGGGACGAAGAUUGUCAUUACUGUGGAACAAAUGUCAGUCUGAAAGGAGCAUUGCAUGGUUGCAGAAUAUGUGACAAGAUAUUCCAUCGAUCCUGCUUAGAACGAAAAUGUUUUCUAAAUGAUGAACUGUCGAUUGAAGCACUUGGUGAAUCAGAAAACGAAGUUGGCUGGAGCUGCCCUACCUGCGAGGACAUUUUCAGUUUAUUGGACGAAAACGAGAAGAAUCACGUGAUCGAGGCCUUUGAUGAGAUGGUUGGAAAUGAAACUUCUGUGGAUGUGAAGAGAUACCUAGAGCACAGAAGGGAAUCGUAUCGCAACCUCGUCGGAAUAGACAUGUCUGCGCAACGAGAAGGGCAAGAGAUUAGGAUAUUUGAAGAAAUAGACAGUGAUCACUCGGGUACAAUUGAAUGGUGGGAAUACGCACGAUCAACGUGUAUGAGGCUACUCAGCAGGCGCAAGCAGGAGGAUCUUUUGGAGCUAAUAACACCACGUGAAGUAGCAAGACUUGAAUCAUUCUUCAAGAAAUACGAUAAAAAGGAAACAGGGGUAGUAACUCUUUCUAUAGCCAGAGUCAUUUAUGGAAAGUGGAUGCUUUCGCUCGUCAAGGGUGGAGAUUCUAUGAAUGUUCCUAAUGAAUGGCUAGGUGAACUGCCUGCUGAGUGGCUUGGCAUUCCAAAACGAGGGUCGAUUAGAAGAAAAGAGACAGAAGUAACAUGGCAGGAAUUCUUGCACAUGAACGCGUUUCACAUUAUUUGUGCUCGGCUAAACACUGUAGAGGGUAAGCCCCAAUUACCAACGAUAAAUGAGGCAAUUCGUGCUGUUGCUGAACAAGAUGAAGAUAAAGGUAGAGAGAAAGUUUCAAAUUUGCAAACUGAAGUUCUAAAAGAAAGCCAAGAAAAUGAGGAGGAAGAUGAAAUGGACCCAUUGGAGAAAAUAAAGAUGCGAUUGAAAAACAAAGUCUCGUGAUCCUUGAAUCCGUUUUUGUUUUUUAUCGAUGCCAAGAUAGCCCUUGGCCACAUAGCUCCAGGAUAAUACUUAAUACCUGAAUUACGCCUAUUUGCAUAUUAAUAAUUACGUAAGUGAAUGGUAUGGUUAGAAAGGUUUCCAGCCCGUUUGUUUAUGUGUUGACUACUGUUGUUUACCACAAGUGUAUCAUAGGGUCGAUUUCGUAUUUUCGUCAAAGGUUGAUGUAUAUCUCAUUCCAUUCCGCUGAGGGAGGUACUCGAUAUACGAAAUUUUCCAAGGUUCUACUCAAAGCCAGCAAGUGUAUUCCAAGGCCGUGUAAGUCUUUAUUUCUAAUACCCUUGCAGGUUUGACAUCAUAUUUUCGCAAGCCAAUUCCCUGUACAAAAAUUGGUUAACAACCACCCCCCCCCCCCCGGUAUUCCGGGUAUUUGUCCUUGUUACAGUCACAAACGUAAAAUUUGGACUCUUUUCUCAAUGCACAAGGGUAUUUUGAGCAAUCGAGGCUCCUGAUGCCUGCCUUACCAAUUGCGACACUUUUUUGUAAAAAUCUCAGCUUUCUUACUGUCUAUCUUUGUACAUAUUUUUAUCAUCCUGUAAAAAAUCUCAGCGUAGUUUAUGCAUCGAUAUAUUUUGCGCGAUGUUUUUCAUCUAUUAGCUUAUUGCAAUUGCAAGGUUUAAAAACAUUGUACAGCCUUUGAUAGCUAUGGUUGC